CGCCGCGGGCCCGGGCGGCCGGAGCGCUGAGCCAGACAAAGGCUCCGGAGUUGGCGCUUUUGCUCUCGGGAGCCGGGCCCGGGAACUGAGCGCCGAGGCAACGGGUCCCCCGCGUCGGGCACCUCCGGCUGGUGGUCUCCUCUCCCGCGGGCGGGCUCCGCACACCAUCCCGGACCUGCCCGCCCGCUUCUCCCUGGCGGGCCUUGGGGUGGGGGAGAACCUCAGCCGCUGUUCCGGCGGGAACCCAAGGAGCAAGAGAGGUCCACUGGGCCUGGAGCCAGGCAGCGUCGCAAGUUGCCAAGCACCCAGGAACUGCGAGCCUCGCGGGCCAGAGUGGGCGCCUACAGCAUGGGCAGCGAUCGGAGUGCCCCCGGACGGCGCAGCCGGGCGGGUGGCCCUUUCAGUGGCCGGGAGACAGCUGCGCGCCCGUGGCUGCUGCCACUAUUGCUGGUGCUCCUGGACUGCCUGGGCCGCUGCGCGGCAGCUGAGGACGCCGAAGUGCACGUCGCCGAGAACUGGCUGCGGCUCUACGGCUACCUGCCUCAGCCCAACCGCCACAUGUCCACCCUGCGCUCGGCCCAGAUCCUGGCUUCGGCCCUCUCAGAGAUGCAGCGUUUCUACGGGAUCCCUGUUACCGGUGUGCUAGAUGAAGAGACCAAGGCGUGGAUGAAGCGGCCCCGCUGUGGCGUGCCAGACCAGUUCGGGAUGCAUGUGAAAGCCAAUCUACGGCGCCGGCGGAAGCGCUAUGCCCUUACUGGGAGAAAGUGGAGCAGCCACCACCUGACCUUCAGCAUCCAGAACUACACAGAGAAGCUGGGCUGGUACCACUCGAUGGAGGCGGUACGCCGGGCCUUCCGUGUAUGGGAGCAGGCUACGCCACUGGUCUUCCAGGAGGUUCCCUAUGAGGAUAUCCGUCUGCGGCGCCAGAAGGAGGCUGACAUCAUGGUGCUGUUCGCCUCUGGCUUCCACGGCGACAGCUCACCCUUCGACGGCAUGGGGGGCUUCUUGGCUCAUGCAUACUUUCCCGGUCCCGGCAUGGGUGGGGAUACCCAUUUUGACGCAGAUGAACCCUGGACCUUCUCCAGCACAGACCUACAUGGGAACAACCUCUUCCUGGUGGCAGUGCAUGAGCUGGGUCAUGCCCUGGGCCUGGAGCACUCAAGCAACCCCAGUGCCAUCAUGGCACCCUUCUACCAAUGGAUGGACACAGACAACUUCCAGCUGCCUGAGGAUGACCUCCGUGGCAUCCAACAGCUCUAUGGCACCCCUGAUGGUCAACCACAGCCCACCCGGCCCCUUCCCACUGUGACAGCCCGGCGACCAGGCCGACCAGACCAGCAGCCUCCCAGGCCCCCACGGCCAGCACCCCCACGCGAGAAACCAGAGAGGCCCCCAAGGCCAGGCCCUCCAGCCCAGCCCCGAGCCACAGAGCGGCCUGACCAGUAUGGACCCAACAUCUGCGAUGGCGAUUUUGACACAGUGGCCAUGCUUCGUGGGGAGAUGUUCGUGUUCAAGGGCCGCUGGUUCUGGCGUGUCCGGCACAACCGCGUCCUGGACAACUAUCCCAUGCCCAUCGGCCACUUCUGGCGGGGGCUUCCCGGCAACAUCAGUGCUGCCUAUGAGCGCCAUGAUGGCUGUUUUGUCUUCUUUAAGGGCAACCGCUAUUGGCUCUUCCGAGAAGCAAACCUGGAACCUGGCUACCCUCAGCCACUGACCAGCUAUGGCCUAGGCAUCCCGUAUGACCGCAUUGACACAGCCAUCUGGUGGGAGCCCACAGGCCAUACUUACUUCUUCCAAGAGGACAGGUACUGGCGCUUCAAUGAAGAGACGCAGCACGGAGACCCUGGCUACCCCAAACCCAUCAGUGUCUGGCAGGGGAUCCCAGCCUCCCCCAAGGGGGCCUUCCUGAGCCAUGAUGCAGCCUACACCUACUUCUACAAGGGCAGCAAGUACUGGAAAUUUGACAACGAGCGCCUGCGGUUGGAGCCCGGCUACCCCAAGUCCAUCCUGCGGGACUUCAUGGGCUGUCCAGAGCAAGCAGAGCCUGGACCCCGAUGGCCUGAUGUGGCCAGGCCGCCCUUCAACCCCAACGGGGGUGCAGAGCCAGGAGCAGAUGGGGGCGGCGGUCAAGAGGGGGACACAGGAGGAGGAACUGACAAGGAUGAGGAUGGGGGCAGCCGUGUGGUGGUACAGAUGGAGGAGGUGGCACGGACAGUGAGUGUGGUGAUGGUGCUGGUGCCACUGCUGCUGCUGCUGUGCAUUCUGGGCCUGACCUAUGCGCUGGUGCAGAUGCAGCGCAAAGGUGCACCCCGCAUGCUGCUCUACUGCAAGCGCUCCCUGCAGGAGUGGGUCUGAGCCCACUGACCCACUUGUGGUGCUGAGGGGCAGUGGG